AUGGCUAUGGCAUUGUUUUUGAGACGCUGCGGAAUCGAUUCGGAGAUUUUCGAACUCAGACAUGAGGAUUAUAACGAAGGAGACAAGAUUGCCUUGGCUCCGAACGCUCUUAGGGUUUUGGAUCAUCUUGGUUUAUAUGAGCAGAUACGGGAACAUAGUUUCAGCUAUGAAGAAGUUUACAUGCUAAGUGAUACAGGGCGGAUGCUUGGUUUUGUUUAUGGGGGGAACUUGGUAAGAUGGGGCUACAAAGCCUUGCGAAUAAAGAGAAAGAUCGUCAUUCAAGCUAUGAGGAAAGAAAUGCAGCGACAGGGGAUCGUCAUAACUUUCGGGAAGAAGGUCGUAGGCGCAGAGGAGAAUUCCGAACAGGGACUCGUUCAAGUACGAUUUGACGAUGGCGACGUUGUAAUUGGCAGCAUGGUGAUUGCUGCAGAUGGGAUGCACUCGGCUUUGCGAAACUACGUGGAUCCCAAGGCGAACAAACCUCAAUUCAUGGAUCAGGUUGGUGUCAUGGGUAAGGCAAACAGAGAGGAGCUUAGAGACCUGCAACAAUUCCCUUGUAUCGUCCUUGGACAAACUGGUGCUUUCGGGUUGCUGCCUUGUGACUUUCGAGGAAGCGAGGUAAGCUUCUUCGGCAAUGUCGAGAUGCCGGAGCGACAGCAGUGGGAUGCCCUAGCCAAGGACAAAUCAGCUUUACAUGACAUUCUGCUGAGUCACUUUGCAAGCCCUGAGACGUGGCCGAAAGAUAUCGAAGAAAUCUGCCGGAAUGCAAAACUGGAUGACCUCGGCUUUUGGCCUUUUUACACAGUUCCUAGCUUGGAAAAAUACCACAGUGCGAAUGGACUUGUUGUGCUAAUUGGUGAUGCAGCCCAUGGUCUACCACCCACAGGCGGACAAGGUGCGGCGCAGGCGUUAGAGGACGCUGAGACGUUAUCGUACACAUUGGCUGAAAUUCGCAACGCUGAAUUAGAGCGGUCUGGGGCUGACAAUGAUGAAGUUCUUCUCCGUAAAGCAUAUUUGGCUGCAUGGGGCACUCAUAGAACUCAAAGAGUUGCAAAGAUACUAGACGUGACAAAUAAGAGUGCGGCUUCGAGAAGAAGUUCAACAAGUUGGAUCGAGAAGGAGGUUAAAGAGUGGAUAAUUUGGGCAGCGCUGAAAUGGAUGGGACCUGACGCAGGUGCGGGAUGGCUUUUUGGCUAUGCUGCUGAGAGCGUGAAGUCCCAUUUUGUAAGCUUGUAA